ACAAUCUGUAAUUACAUGUUUCCGCCCUUUGCAAUAAGGAAAGACAUAGUUUACUUUCAUUUUUGAGUCUGAGGCUCUUUUCAACGCUGUAGAAAAGGACAGAGGCUGUUACCUAUGGCAGAGGGCAACCAGAGAAAAAAGCCACUUAAGAUGCUGGAAUCCCUGGGCAAAGAUUUCCUCACUGGCGUUUUAGAUAACUUGGUGGAACAAAAUGUGCUGAACUGGAAGGAAGAGGAAAAAAAGAAAUAUUAUGAUGCAAAAACUGAAGACAAAGUUCGGGUCAUGGCAGACUCUAUCCAAGAGAAACAACGUAUGGCAGGUCAAAUGCUUCUUCAAACCUUUUUUAACAUAGACCAAAUAUCCCCCAGUAAAAAAGCUCAUCCGAAUAUCGAGGCUGGACCACCUGAGUCAGGAGAAUCUAUAGAUGCCCUCAAGCUUUGCCCUCAUGAAGAGUUCCUGAGACUAUGUAAAGAAAGAGCUGAAGAGAUCUAUCCAAUAAAGGAGAGAAAUGACCGCACACGCCUGGCUCUCAUCAUAUGCAAUACAGAGUUUGACCAUCUGCCUCCAAGGAAUGGAGCUGACUUUGACAUCACAGGGAUGAAGGAGCUGCUUGAGGGUCUGGACUAUAGUGUGGAUGUAGAAGAGAAUCUGACAGCCAGGGAUAUGGAGUCAGCGCUGAGGGCAUUUGCUGCCCGACCAGAGCACAAGUCCUCCGACAGCACGUUCCUGGUGCUCAUGUCUCAUGGCAUCCUGGAGGGAAUCUGCGGAACUGCACAUGAUGAGAAAAACCCAGAUGUGCUGCUUUAUGACACCGUCUUCCAGAUAUUCAACAACCGAAACUGCCUCAGUCUGAAGGACAAACCCAAGGUCAUCAUUGUCCAGGCCUGCAGAGGCGCAAACCGUGGGGAACUGUGGGUCAGAGACUCUCCAGCAUCCUUGGAAGUGGCCUCUUCACAGUCACCUGAGAACCUGGAGGAAGACGCUGUUUACAAGACCCACGUGGAGAAGGACUUCAUUGCUUUCUGCUCUUCAACCCCACGAAUGACUUCUCUUUCUCAAAUGAUCAACUUCAAGUCUUCUUCUCCAUAUUUCCCAUGUGAUUCUACAAUGACCAGUGCCAUUGCAUGCCCUCCUAGAACUGUGGAUACCCUUUAAAACGAGUAGAAGAAUUAAGUGGAAUUAUCCCACUUUACAGAGGAAGAAAUAGAAGCUCAGAAAGAUGAAGGAACUCCCCAAUGUUCACAGUGAGUAAGCAACAAAAAAUUGCUACCAGGCUCCAAAGUUGUGGGGUUGAUUAGGUCUAAUCUCAGGGAACAUUGGUUAGUAUUUCACUUCUAGGUAAUUAUCUUAAGGAGCAUACAUUUAACUGUUUUUGAUUUGUAUAUUUUUUAAAUCUUAUUUUUUAAAAACACUUUAUUGAGGUAUGAUUGACAUAAAUAAUGGUACAUAUUUAAUGUGUACAACUUAAUGAGUUUGGAGAUAUGUAUGUACUCCUGAAAUCACCACCACUAUCUAUGCCAUGAGCAUAUCUCUCUUCUCCAAAAGAUUCUUCCACUUCUCUGUUAAUUAUUAUCAUCAUUCCGUGAUUGUGUGUGAGAAGUAUACUUAGCAUAAAAUCUACUCUUUUAGCAAAUUUCAAGUACAUAAAACAGUAUUGGUUACUAUUAGCGCCAUCCUGUACAGUAGAUUUUUAUCACUUUUUUUUGUCUUCUAUAACUUAAACUUGUCAUGUGUUCAUCAUUUUGUUUAUUAUAUGGUGAAAGACAGCGUGGCAUAAUCUGCAAACAACCAUAGAGCCUGGUAGCAAUUUUUUGUUGGUUACUCAAUGUGUGAACAUGGGGAAGUUGCUUCAUCUUUCUGAGCUUCUAUUCCUUCCUCUGUAAAGUGGGAUAAUUCCAGUUAUUUCUCAAGCCCCUAUAAAAGCCGAGAGAAUGAGAGUGAGUUUUGUAGUAGAAAGUCAAUCCCAAGAAUCAAAAUUCAUUCACUACACAAUCUCCUGCAAUGCUUACGAACUGCAACUUUUGGUCACCUUUUGCUAGGUUUUCUGUUUACUUUCUGUGGAAAGUAGGUAAAUGUCAGGUUGUAAGUGCUUCCUACAAAUCUGUAAAGAUAAUUCCCAAGCUACGCUUUUCUUUUUAAAAAAUUCUCAAAAUGAAAGUAUAAACAAAAACAUAGUGAAAGUCAUAGCCCAAGGCAUACCCAUCUGUAUCA